UUAGCAAACGCAACUUUAACAAGCAACGGGGAGAGUUUGGUAGGCGAUCGCAGUAGGCUUGCGUAAAGAGGACAACACGACGAACUAUUACGAAAACGCAGCGAAAGAUCACUCACCCGUACAUCCCCAAAAUCAAAUCCUGAGAGGGCCCCCAACUAAAACAAACCUCUCUCAUUGUCCUCUCACCACCUCAGAUUCGCUCGCACCGUCGUCUUCCUCCGAUUAAUUCUCUCCGGCUUCAUCACAUUGCAGUGAUCAAAUCAAAUCAAAGCAUUGCGCGAUAUGUAUAUAUGAAUCAAUCAAUCUAUGCAAAAACACGUUCACAUUCAUUGUAAUUGUAAUCGUAAUUGUUGUGAUAAUCAUUAUCGUUGAAGAAGAUGGGAGAGAAUGGAGGAUGUUUUCCGACAAUGGAUCUGUUCCGGUCGGAGCCAAUGCAGUUGGCUCAGCUUAUCAUCCCUAUUGAAUCGUCUCACCGAACCAUUUCCUAUCUCGGAGACCUUGGCCUCUUCCAAUUCAAAGACCUUAAUGCUGAAAAGAGCCCAUUCCAGCGGACAUAUGCUACUCAGAUCAAAAGAUGUAGUGAAAUGGCACGGAAGCUACGUUUUUUCAAGGAGCAAAUUAUGAAGGGAGGUUUAUUGCCCUCAUUAAGAUCUACCAGUGGUACUAACAUUAAUUUGGAUGAUGUGGAGGUAAAACUUGGAGAACUUGAAGCUGAGUUGAUGGAAAUGAAUGCAAACAGUGAGAAGUUACAAUGUGCUUAUAAUGAACUUUUAGAAUAUAAGCUUGUUCUGCAGAAGGCUGGUGAAUUUUUCCAUUCAGCUCAAAGCAAUGCUAUGGCACAGCAGAGAGAACAUGAAGCACGUCAACUUGGUGAAGGAUCUAUUGACAGUCCUCUACUCAUGGAGCAAGAAAUGUCAACAGAUCCAUCUAAACAAGUAAAACUGGGAUUUGUCAGUGGUCUUGUUCCACGAGAGAAAUCAAUGGCUUUUGAAAGGAUUUUAUUUCGUGCAACUAGGGGAAAUGUGUUUUUGAAACAAGCUGUGGUUGAAGAUCCUGUUGUUGAUCCUGUGUCAAGAGCAAAGGUUGAGAAAAAUGUAUUCGUUGUCUUCUAUGCUGGAGAAAGAGCUAAGAGCAAAAUUUUGAAAAUAUGUGAUGCUUUUGGAGCGAACCGCUAUCCUUUUUCAGAUGACAUAGGCAAACAAUAUCAAAUGAUUACGGAGGUAUCUGGAAAACUUGCAGAGCUGAAGACUACCAUAGAUGUUGGACUUCUGCACCGGAGCAAUCUGUUACACAUUAUUAGCCAGCAAUUCGAAUGCUGGAAUCUUCUGGUGAAGAAGGAGAAAUCCAUUUACCACACUUUAAAUAUGCUCAGCAUUGAUGUGACCAAGCAGUGCCUUGUGGCAGAAGGCUGGUGUCCUGUUUUUGCAACAAAUCAGAUUCAAGAUGCAAUGCUGCGGGCAAACUUGGACAGCAACUCACAAGUUGGGGCCAUAUUCCAGGUUUUGCAUACCAAGGAAUCACCACCUACAUAUUUCCGUACAAACAAAUUCACUCAUGCUAUUCAAGAAAUUGUAGAUGCUUAUGGGGUGGCUAAUUAUCAAGAAGCAAAUCCUGGUGUCUACACAAUUAUUACAUUUCCUUUCCUAUUUGCUGUCAUGUUUGGAGAUUGGGGCCAUGGUAUUUGCUUGUUUCUUGCAACCCUAUAUUUCAUAUUCAGGGAAAAGAAACUUUCCAGUCAGAAACUUGGGGACAUCAUGGAGAUGACAUUUGGUGGACGAUACGUUAUAAUGAUGAUGGCAAUAUUCUCAAUAUAUACAGGACUCAUAUAUAAUGAAUUUUUUUCUAUGCCAUUUGAACUAUUUGGGCCCUCAGCGUAUGAAUGCCGUGAUCCGUCGUGCAGGGAUGCUUCUACAGUGGGCUUAGUUAAGGUGCGUGCUACUUAUCCGUUUGGUGUGGAUCCUACGUGGCAUGGUACCCGUAGUGAAUUACCAUUCCUAAACUCACUGAAGAUGAAGAUGUCAAUCCUUAUAGGAGUUGCUCAGAUGAAUCUUGGAAUCAUUUUAAGCUAUUUUAAUGCAAAAUUCUUCAGAAAUGACCUAAAUAUCUGGUACCAAUUUGUUCCCCAGAUGAUAUUUUUAAACAGUUUGUUUGGUUAUCUUUCACUCCUGAUUAUUGUGAAAUGGUGCAUCGGUUCUAAAGCUGAUCUGUACCAUGUAAUGAUAUACAUGUUCUUGAGUCCUACUGAUGAUUUGGGUGAGAAUCAGCUAUUUUUUGGCCAGAAAUUUCUUCAGAUUAUCUUACUAUUACUGGCACUUGUUGCUGUACCAUGGAUGCUGUUUCCAAAGCCAUUUCUUUUAAAGAAACAACACGAGGAAAGGCACCGAGGGCAAUCUUACGCACCCCUUGACAGCGCUGACGACACUUUUGAAUUGGAGUCGCAUCAUGAUUCCCAUGGCCAUGAGGAAUUUGAGUUCAGUGAAGUUUUUGUACAUCAACUUAUACAUACCAUAGAGUUUGUACUUGGAGCUGUCUCGAACACGGCUUCAUACCUACGUCUAUGGGCCCUCAGUCUUGCCCAUUCAGAGUUGUCAAGCGUUUUUUAUGAGAAGGUCCUGCUUCUUGCCUGGGGGUUUAACAAUGUCAUUAUCCUUAUUAUUGGCAUUAUCGUAUUUAUUUGUGCAACCGUCGGUGUGCUUCUGGUAAUGGAAACCCUAAGUGCUUUCCUACAUGCCUUGCGGCUUCACUGGGUAGAGUUUCAGAACAAGUUCUACGAAGGGACCGGCUACAAGUUCUGUCCAUUCUCGUUUGCCUUAAUACUCCGUGAGGACGAGGAAUGAUAUAAUCUUAAAGCUUGAUUACGAUUAUUAUUAUAAUUGUUUUUUAGAUUGAUCAAAUUCAAUUCUUUCACAUGGGCAAUAUUUUAGGAAAAUACAAUGAGCAAUUGUUGGGGAUGUGUGAGAAAAUGGGUUUUUUUACCCAAUUGCCUCUCCAUUUUAGUUCUAUGAGAUGUUAGUUAUUUCUGCUGGAUUAAGGAGAUUUUACCAGUCGGUUGCCAGUUGUCUUUUUUGAGUUCAAUUGUCAGAAGACGUGGCAGUUGGCCUUAAUCUCGAGCUUUGAUCACCUGUGAUCAGGUUGUAGGGUGAUUAUUGUAUGUUGCAUUUCUGGUGUGUGUUGUUGUUUUGUGAAUAACAUUAUGCAGUUUGUUGCUGUAAAAAGAAGUGUUGUAAUUUAAUGAUUUGAUUCUAUAAAUAGGAGUAACUUGUUUAAUUGCAAGGAACAA